AUGGAGAAGCUGCGGUGGUCCGCGGAGUCGUCGUCGCAGGGUGCGGUCCCGGAGCGGUUCCUCAUGCGGCUGGCAGCGGCGUCCCCGACGCUGGUGUCGCUGCCCGUCAUCGACCUCUCCCGCGGCCGCGACGAGGUCCGCCAUGCCGUGCUCCACGCCGGCAAGGAGAUCGGCUUCUUCCAGGUGAUCAACCAUGGCAUGCCAGAGCGUACAAUGAGGGAGAUGGAGAUGGCGUGCGGCGACUUCUUCCGCCUCCCGACAACGGACAAGGCAACACUGUACUCGGAGGACACCGGGCAGACCAACCGGCUCUUCUCCAGCACCAUGUACAGGUCCGCCGCCGGUGAGAGCUACUCAUGCCAUUGCCUCCAUCUCGCUUGCCACCCCGUCGAGCGCACCAAGCCCGCCUGGCCCGAGAAGCCCGCCGGGCUCCGCCCCGCCCUCGAGAACUUCAUCGUCCCCGCUCGCAGCAUCGCGAUGGAGCUCCUCCGUCUCCUCUGCGAGGGCGUCGGGCUCCGGCCGGACUACUUCGAGGGCGGCCUCACCGGCGGCGACGUGAUCGUCGACGCGAGCCACUACCCGCCGUGCGCGGACCCGGGCCUCACCCUCGGCCUGCCGCCGCGCUAUGGCCGGAACCUCAUCACCGUGCUGCUCCAGCCCGGGUACGUGCGUGGUCUGCAGGUGCUGUACAAUGGCGAUUGGGUCGACGUCGAGCCCAUACCGGGAGCGCUCGGCAUCAGCUUCGGACACCAGCUGGAGAUCGCCACCAACGGGGCGCUCCGGAGCGUGGAGCGCCGGACCGUGGCCAACGCCGUCGUGGGGAGGACCUCGGUGGCUGCCACCAUCAUGCCGACCAUGGACUGUGUGGUGGGGCCCGCCAAGGAGCUCGUCGGCGAGGGCAGGCCGGCGAGGUACCGGAGCGUCGCGUUCCGCGACUUCAUGCACGUCUACAAGACACUCGGCGCGUGCAAAGAGAGCGUCGAGGAGGCCUUAAAGAUCUCACCAUAUCAAGCAUCAUCAUGGUACAUGGGUAUGGAUACUACUAAUGAAUGA